GCUGUUCUUCGACGCGUGCGACGGCAUGCUGCUCAACUACCCGUGGCGGGAGGAGCACCUGGAGCGGUCGGCGGCGGCGGCCGGGCCCGCGCGCGCGCGCGACGUGUACGCCGGCGUGGACGUGUUCGGGCGCGGCUCGUAUGGCGGCGGCGGCUUCGGCGCGGCCGAGGCCCUGCGCGCCGCGCGUCGCCUGGGCCUCUCCGCCGCGCUCUUCGCCCCGGGCUGGACCCACGAGGCCCUGGGCGGCGGCGCGCACUUCGCCUGCAACGAGCACCUCUUCUGGGCGCGCCUGCGCCCGCACCUGCACGUGCGCGGGCCCGCGCGCCUCCCGCUGCGCACCUCCUUCUGCCAG